AUGAUGUCAUUUAUCUUCUUCUUCUUCUUCUUCAUCUUCUUCAUCUUCAUCUACUGUCGUCUGGUUGUCGUCGUAGGUAGUCUACCAUCAUCAUCAUCAGCAGCAUCAUCUUCAGUAUCACCACCAGUAUCACCACCAGUAUCACCAGAGUAUCCCGAUGAGUAUCACCAGCACCAUCAUCUCCGUCUGUCCAGUUCAGCCCUCUUGGUAGCGCAUCUUCGUCCUGAAGCUGGCCAGGCACGUUCCGGGAUGAUUGGCGCGGUCAGGAAGAGCCCGUUGGGCCAUGCUGGGCCAUGCAGCGGUACUUCUGCCGCCCGCAAGAUCUGUAUGGCAGCAACAAGUCACUCGCCAUCGCCUCGCAUGGUCGACCCUUUUUCCGUCUCGUCUCGUCUCGUCUCGUCUUGUUCUCGUCUCCUCCAGCGGCCGUCGUCAGGAUCGACCAGACUCGAAACACGUUGCGCAGGAAGCUCUCGUCUUUUGUCUUCUCGCCAUCGUCGUCGUCGUCGUCUUCAUCAUCAGCCUGUCUUCCUCUUUAUCAGCUUCUCUCCUCGUCCUGCUCAUCGCUGCUGCUCCCUCCUUGCUCCCUGUUUCUCCUUCUCCUUAAUCCCUCCUCGCCCUGUCACAGCCAGCAGCAGCCAAACGUGA